AUGAAUAUAUCCAUAAAAAAAUUAUUAAAAAACCUUUCAAACCCACUAUCAAAACCUCCUGCUGUUUUAUUAAUCUCUGGAUCUUUCAAUCCAGUUCAUCUAAAACAUAUCCAUAUUCUUGAAGUUGCUAAAAAAUAUUUAGAAAACCAAUAUGAAAUAGUAGGAGGGUAUAUUUCACCUUUUUCAAAUGAUUAUGUUCAAGAAACAAAUCCAGAUGAAGCAAUACCAUUAAAAGAAAGAUUAGAAAUGAUACAAAUUGUAAUAGAUAAAUCUUCCUGGAUUGAAAUUAAUGAAUCCUUAACUUCAAAUAAUAGUGCAGAUUGUAAUUUAAUUAUUACAACUUUAUCUGAUUAUUUAAAUGAAAAUAACCAAAUCAAAGAAAUUUUAAAGGAAAAACAAUUAGAAGUUAUAUAUGUAUGUGGAUCUGAUUUAAUAAAGAAAUAUUAUCCAAAAGAACAAUUAAAAAAUUUAGAAAAUUUUAAAGUCAUAAUAAUUAAAAGAUAUUUUAAAGAAGAAGAAGUUCAAAAUCAAAAAAAUCAAGAUUGGACAGAUGAAUACAGAAAAGUUUUAGCUGAAUUUUAUAAAGACAAGUGGAAUGAUUUUGAAAAAAAUAAUGUAAUUUUUAUAGAUCAAAAUCAAAAUGAAAAUGAUCCUGAUAUAAAAAUUAGUUCAACUAAAAUUAGGGAAAUAUAUAUUGAAAAAGAUAGCAGUUGGGAAAAAAUGUGUCACCCUGAAAUAACAGAAUAUAUCAAAAAAAACAAGAUCUUAGAAUUUAAAUCUUUAAAACAUUAA